AUGAGCACAUAUAACUUCAGCCACCACAUAGCAGGCGGCGAAACACGUGCGAAUACCUUCGAUUUACCACAACCGCAACAUCUAACCAUAGUCUCUCUGCCUUUUCAUAUUUCAGAUCUCGGUUCUGAAUACGAACUUGUUGAUGGUUUUAUGAACUUCCCGUCUACAGCUAAAUUCCAUGUUGUUCGAAGUCUGAACUCGUAUCCUGGAGAUGGAGCACAGCGCAAGAUCAAGAACAGAAUCAGAAUGUAG